AGUUACAACUAUCGACAAAUUAUAUAUAAUAUGAGAUAUUAGGUAAACAAUAUUUGUGUGUGACAACUACGGAAAUUGUAUUCUACGGAAACAAAUCAUGGAGCCGACAUUUCAAAACAAGAUUUGGCGAAAUGCUGCAUAUUUUGCUUUCAUUGGAAUGAAUAUUGGAGCACUAAUAGUUGUCGGAACAAUGCCAUUUACAUUUCAUGCAAUGGGAGAAAACAGCGAUAUGAAUACACUCGCUCUGCAUUGUAUUUCUAUGAAGUCCAUUCAAUACUGGUUGAUUGGAAUAGGUGGAUUUGCCUUUAUUGCUGAAGUUUUAGCUGUUCUGGCAUCGAUGGGACGAAGCAAAACAUUCCGGAUGAUAGUGAUGGCUAUCAUUUCGCUAGUUAUUAUCCUCGCCCUAACUCUGGUUAUCUGGGGAUCAGUUGAAAGCGAUAAAAGAAAAGAAUAUUUUCAAUCGACUUGGAAUGAUAUGGAUGGUGAUACUAAACAUUUCAUUGAAACUUAUUUCUACUGUUGUGGGUUCGAGAACGAAACUGAAUACACAUCAACGUUAUUUCCAGUGAAUGAAUCGUGUUACGCAAUUCCAUCAGAAAACAUAACAUGGUCAGUUGGGUGCUACCAAAGAGUCACUUCUUCAUAUUUGGGUUCAGUUUCUGUGAUAAAUGGAGCAGGAACGACUCAAUCUAUCGGAGAUGAGAAAGUGAAUCCGUUUCUUGUUGCAUUCAUUUUUUCUAUUCUAGUCAUAAUACUCGCGCUAGGAACAAAUUUCGGUGUGUUUGUCGUGGGCAUGACCAGGUCGACAAUGUCACAGAACUCCGACAGUUUCGUCCUCGAGAAUAGAAUGGUUACAAACUAUGACAGGCAGGCCUCAAAUGCACCUGAAAGCAUCAAUGAAUCAGAGAGAAAUAACAAUGAAGAAAUUGAAGUCAAUGACUUUCAAAAUGGAAACUCGGUUACAAACGGAACGUUGCACAAAAACGGAGACUUGAAUGGAAAAAUAAAUACCCAAAAGACCGAAAAAGCCUCGGUCUCUAGCGACGGCAGCACAAUGAUUGAGUCAAAACCAUGGUACAAAGUUGUUCCAGAUGCCAUAUCUAAAACAUUCGGUAAUACAUUUUAUUGGAUCGGAUUCAGAGUAGCAAGUCAUCCGAAAAUGACGAUUUUGUUCUCCCUUAUUAUGAUAGCUACAAUGUCUGUGGGUAUGCUCCAACGAUAUGAAUCUCCAGCGGGAUCCGCAAGCGCCUUUCUUGCAGAUGACAACCCACGAUUGCAAGAAUUUAAUUUAUAUGCACAAACUUUUGUAAUACGGGAAAGAGAUCAAAGAAUAAUUAUAGAGGAUGAAUCAAAUGUUAUCUCUGCAGAAAACUAUCUCACAACACUGAAUCUGGAUAAGAGUGUCAAGAAUUUGACUAGUUCCACCGGACAAAUGUUUUCCGACAUUUGCCAAAAUAUAGACGGUGACUGUAGAGAAAGAUCAGUUUUUGAAUUUUGGAGUUUCAAUAACACGGUUUUGGAUGGAUUAUCAAAUGCUGAAUUGUUGACAAAAAUUAAUGAAAAUCCGCUCACAAGCCCCGUCUUUGGUGACAACGUUGAUAUUACACACAUACUCGGUGGAAUAGGACGGGACAGUUCUGGCAAUAUCGUUUCGGCAAAAGCUCAUCUUCUAGACUACGUCACAAUUGUCAACGGUGGUGACUGGGAAGAACUUUUCAUCGAUCUUGCAACGCAGAGCUACACCGGUCUCAACGUCUAUCCAUCUGCUUUCACAAGUAGGCGAUUGGAAUCUGGCAGCACAUAUACAAAAGAACUUCCGUUAUUAUUUGCUGGAUUUGCAUUGAUUUUCGUUUAUAUAAUUGCUAUGAGUGGAAAGUUUUCUCUUUUAGAACACAAGGCUUAUGUAGCAUUAAUGGGAGUCACUGCUUCUGGCCUCUCAAUGGCUGGUGGAAUUGGAAUUUCCUCAGCAUUUGGACUAAAAUGGACACAGCUUCAUCUAAUCGUUCCAUUUUUGGUGAUUGGGAUUGGUGUUGAUGACAUGUUCGUUAUCAUUCAUUCUUGGGAUACUAUCGAAGAUGACAAAGACAAUAAGGAGAAAAGCAUUCCGGAAAAAGCAGGACUGACUCUCAGGACUGCAGGAGUAUCCAUCACAAUAACAUCAGUAACGGAUUUGGUGGCUUUUGCAGUUGGUGCAUCCAGUGAACUUGGGGGUUUUGCAUCAUUCAGUGUCUUUGUUGCAAUUUGCAUCAUUUUGUUGUUCUUUUUGGAGUGUACAUUUUUCUUGGCUUGUGUAUGCCUCGAUCAGCGACGUAAAGAUAAAAGAUACGAUGCAUGCCUGGCAUGUUGUUACAAACACAAGGAUACGUAUAAACCUGGCAAAUGCUCGGAGCGAGAGUUCUUUCAGACAUUUUUCGAAGAUGGACUCGGUCGUAUCGUUACCAAACUACCCUUCCAAGUAUUUGGAAUCUUAGCUACGUUGGCACUGACAGGAGUUAUGGCAUGGGGAUUUUAUAAUUUAAAAGUCAGAUACGACCCGGAUUGGUAUUUACCGGUGGAUAGCUACCUUAUCACAUACAACAACAAAUAUGAUGAAUAUUUCAAUGUUGGAGCAGAAGGGGCAGCUUACGUAAUAAAUGCAGAUUUUUAUGCAGAAAGAGAAAAACUUCACACUUUAUAUGAACGAAUAAGAGUCAAUUCCAACAUUAAUACGGCAUAUCUUCAGAGUUGGUUUGAAGCCUUUGUGUCAUGGGCUGCAACAACGAAAGGAAUUUCUGAUGUAUAUGCAAGUAACGCGUUUUCGGAUUCAACAGCGUUUUACACAGCAGUUAAUGAGUUUUUGUACUCAAGUGGACGAAAAUAUAUCUAUGAUGUGGUGUUCAAAGAUGGCGUUAUUAUUGGAUCACGAAUUCAUUAUACUCAUGUAUUAGUAUCGGAUGAUGCAGAAAAUAUAGAAAUAGUAGAAUCAUUGCAAGCAGAUUGUGAAGCCGUUGGAUUCAGUUCAGGACAAUGCUUUCCUUACGGAGGGUUCUAUCUGUUGUAUGAAAUCACCAGAAUUAUUAAAGUUGAAGUUUAUAGAAAUUUGGGGAUUACGUUGGCUUGUGUUUUUAUUAUGGUCUUGCCAAUGCUAGCCAGUUUACAGAUGGGUUUCUGGGUUUCACUCUGCGUUGUCUUCACAACUGUGGAUGUCGCAGGAAGCAUGUAUUUUGCAGGUCUUGCCAUUGAAGCCAGUACAAUUAUCACUUUAUUACUGUCUAUCGGCCUGGCAGUGGACUAUGCAGCUCACGUUGGUCACAAAUUCCUGACAACGAAGGGAAGUCGAAAAAUGAGAGCAAGAGUAGCUUUAGGACGUAUCGGUCUUGCAGUUUUCAACGGAGGUUUCAGUACUUUUCUAGCGCUUGUCAUGCUGGCCGGUUCGGAUACAUAUUCUUACAAAGUCUUUUUCACGGUGUUUGCCUGUGUAAUCGGAUACGGUUUGUGGAAUGGUUUGGUAUUUCUACCCUGCGUUCUAGCAUUGAUGGGACCGCCACCUAACUCCAUUGCUACUGAAGCUCGUCUGACCUCCAGACAUUACGCUCAAAAAUCAAAAGUGAAUGAUAAAGCCAGGUCUGCCAAUACAAUUGAACAAGGAGAUACACAGAUAGGAUAAGCUAAGCAAUGAGAGGAAAAUUAUAAAUAAUAAUGAUCUAUCAACAGUAUUAUAUUAAAGAACGAUUAUUUUCUUAAUUGUUUUCUAAAAUUUUCAAAAAUUAAAAUUUUGUCCUAAAACUUCUGCAAAUGAUUAUUCUUGACAAACAAAUUUGAAAUUGCCUAUUUUUUCAUUGUUAUUCAUCCGUAAAUCCUAGUCUAGAAUAACAUUAGCGCUCGUGUUAGGUCUUUUUUAUUAUCAAUGUAGCGUUUUCUUCAAAAAUAGUCAAUCAAUGUCAACCCGUGCGAUAAUGCUUGGCGUAAUAGAGUACUUUCAGUUAUAUGUGCUCAACAAUGCGUUCUCCGUCAAAAUUAUUCGAGAGAGAUAUAUUUCUCUAUCAGAAUUCUAAAAUGUAAUAAAUAUGAAUCAUCACAAAAUAUAUUACUCUCAUUUGAAUGGUUAUUAUAUAUAAAGUGUUUCAAUUGUUAAAUAUCUACUUGCUUGUACUAGUAAAGCAACGCCGCAGCAGAUACAAACUUAUGAAAUAGAUAACUUGAAUGUUUUUUUUUUCAUUUUGGUAAUGGAUUUAUAUAUAUGUAUAAAUUUUUAUUGUACUUUUGUUGUGUUCAAAAAAUUGAUUCAAACUUUGAGUGUUUUCUACUUCUCUUGUUUUCUAUGAAUUUCAAAUAUAAUAUUACUCAGAAUUGUUCACUUAACGAUAGAUAAAGAUAUUUUGGUAUGCUAAAAAUUCUGAAAAUUAAGCUCAGUAAUCUUAGGAGACAUGAUCGAGUUUAUGCUCUAUUUACCAUGACCCAAGAAAUUCUUAAGCUGCACGGAUGACUGAUUUUACUGACCCAAAGGCUUUAUCACCAACACGGCAAGUUUCAUCGUUCAUUCUGAUGAAUGUACUCAAAAACUGAAACAAUGGGUUUAUAUAGUCAAACAGCUGACUUGAUCUUCUUUUACCGUGUUCUUUGUCAAUUCUAAAAUGUAAUAAAUAU